AUGAAGACCAUGGAUCAGAAACCCCGUUCAAGUUGGCCUGAUGUUUCACAUGUACCUGAGUCUUAUGUGCACCCACUAGAAAAGAGACCUGGGAAACUCAUUUUUGAUACUUGCAAAACCAUUCCAGUCGUUGAUCUUGAGGGUUAUUAUGAUCAAACACAUGUUGUUCAGGAUGUUUUGAAAGCUACAAAAGAGUUUGGAUUUUUCCAGGUAAUCAACCAUGGAGUUUCCAAGAAAUUAAUGGAUGACACAAUGGCUGUUUUCAAAGAAUUCCACGCCAUGCGUCCAGAGGAUAAGGCUAGUGAAUGUUCCAAGGACCCUAAUAGAAGCUGCAAGUUCUACACCAGCAGUGAAAAUUUUUCAAAAGAGGAAUUUCACUACUGGAGGGAUGCACUAACGCACCCUUGUCAUUCUUUGGAGGAAUACAUGCAAUUUUGGCCUAGAAAGCCAAUUAGAUACCGAGAGGUUGUUAAGGAAUAUGCGAUAGAAUUGAAAAAGUUGGGUGAGAAAAUUUUGAAUCUGAUUUGUGAAGGACUUGGACUUGACACUGGUUAUUUCAGUGGUGGACACAGUGGAGAUCCUGUACUGUUAGUUAAUCACUAUCCACCAUGCCCAGAUCCAAGCUUGACCUUAGGAUUGGCCAAACACCGAGACCCUAGCCUCAUCACCAUUUUAUUUCAAGAACAAAAUGGACUUCAAGUCUGCAAAGGCGAUGAAUGGAUUCUUGUUGAGCCUGUUCCUCAUGCCUUCGUUAUUAACGUUGGCUAUGUACUACAGAUUAUCAGCAAUGGGGAGCUCAAGGGUGCUGAACAUCGAGCAGUCACAAAUUCAAGUGUUCCUCGAACAUCGGCUGCCUUCUUUAUUUAUCCUUCUAAAGAUGACCUUAUAGAACCUGCAAAAGCUCUUACAAAUGCAGACAAUCCCCCACUCUAUGGUUCCAUGCAAUUCAAAGAGUUUCAAAGGAACUACUUAUCUUAUGCUGCGAAUGCUGAAAAAGUUCAAAAGUUUAUUAGCUCCACCUAG